GAGGCGGCCAGCGCUCUGUCCCAGCCGUCGCCUGGCGGCGCGGGGUGCAGACGCUCGCCAUUCCCGGCUCGGGGGCCAUGGCUCCGCACCAAGUGCCCGGCCGUGGCCGUGCGGGCCGCGAGGAUGAGGACAGCUGGGAAAUGCGAGGGGACCGCAAGGCCCGGAAGCCCCUGGUGGAGAAGAAGCGACGCGCGCGGAUCAACGAGAGCCUGCAGGAGCUGCGGCUGCUGCUGGCGGGCGCCGAGGUGCAGGCCAAGCUGGAGAACGCCGAAGUGCUGGAGCUGACGGUGCGGCGCGUGCAAGGCGCGCUGCGGGGCCGGGUUCGCGAGCGUGAACAGUUACAGGCGGAAGCCAGCGAGCGUUUCGCAGCCGGCUACAUCCAGUGCAUGCACGAGGUGCACACGUUCGUGUCCACUUGCCAGGCCAUCGACGCCACGGUCGCAGCCGAGCUCCUUAACCACCUGUUGGAGUCCAUGCCGCUGCGUGAGGGCAGCAGCUUCCACGAUCUGCUAGGGGAUGCCCUGGCCAGUCCAACUGGGGUCCCGGGCUCUCCACUGCCCAGUCCCUUCUCCCCCACGGACGACCUCUGCUCUGACCUGGAGGUAGUCCCCGAAGGGGAGCUGAGUCGGGCAUCUGCUGAGGGACGGGGCUCGGUGCCUGAGGCCUUGAACAGCCUGACGGUGGCCCAGAUAUCCCAGUGUGUCUGGAGGCCCUGGUGACCAACACCAGCAGGGACCUGUGGUGUGGGCUGUAACUUUCCAAGCCUGUCUGUCUCCCAUGGGGAUCAGGUGAGGGGCAGGCCUAAGCUGUCUCUCAGUUCUGUCCUCUUUCCAUGGAUGACUUGAGGGCAGUCCCUGAUGCCCAGCCCAGAGAAGCCCCUGUUUCCUGAGGGAGGCACUUUAAUGAACCCUUCAGCUGUGGGGGGGAUGGAGGGGAAGAGCUGGGACAGCAGAAAUUGCUUAGAGCUGGGAGGGCUGGCUGACUUUCACCUGUUCGAGCCUUCCCAGGCACUCUGUGACUCUUUGGCAGAGGUGAACAGGGGUGGUGUUGGUUCUCUCCUGGGGCCUGGGCUCUAGUCCUAGGCAGGGCCACUUCGGUCCUGACAGCCUUGGACUUAAUAGAAGCUUAAAUUUGCCACUUGAGGUAGGAGACCAGGAGAGGCAGCGCCCGCAGCAGCACUCAGAGCAGCUCUGUACAGGCUUGCUUGUAGCACACUUGAGUUUGCAUACUUGGUUGCCAACUGAAUUAAAUAAAGGACUCUGGGGUUAGGUACCUUUGAGGUA